AUGGAUUUUGGAUCUAAAGAAUUCAAAAACGUAUCAAACGGUGUAAAAAGAAGUUUUGAUACAAUUAAUUCUGAUUAUAAACCAGAUGUUAACGCAACUCAUCCACCGAAGAAGUUUGGAUUCAGUUCAGCUUCUAAAUUGAACGAGGCGAGUAAGCAUGAACCAGAAGAUCUCUCAUAUUACAAACAUUAUAAAGCGGACGAAAGGGUACUAAGUAGCCACUGGCUAUUUUCAGAUGAGUCGCCAAAGAAGAAUUUGUCUGAAACGUCAAGCAUCGCACCACUUAACCAGAAUUCAAUAGUAACAACGAGAGUGCCCUCAAUUGACGUUGUCAAAGGAUUUAAACUGGCAUCCGGAAAACAAUUUGAUGGAGUAAAUCUACAGAAAAAGAACCAUUUUAGGAAGUUAUUGGGACUAGAUGACGAAGAUUUUAGCACAAAUGAGAGGAACUUUAAGCUUCCGACAAGCAGAUACGACCCGUUUCAUCCACCAAAAACGUUCAGAUCAGCACAGUCAACGAACGUGUACGAAGAUUCGUACAUGGACACACAGUCAUUUAGCCAGUCGACAACGGGGGCUCACACACCGAGGAGCCUGUCGUACAUAGAAGCGUGGAACAGCGUGUGCAAAUUCACAAAGUGUUCCACGUCGAACAUGUCGCCUGGCCUGCUGUCGAUACUGUGGAGGCAGUACGGCAACCCGUUCAAGGUAGAAGGGUCGAACGCAGAGUACUACAAGUACCUGCUCUACACGCACGAAAAUGACUUCGUGUCACUGGGAGGAGUACGAGAGAUAGAGGCCUGUUUCAAAAAAUUGUUGCCAAACCUGACCGGAAAAAGUGAUUUGUUCGAUGAGGAGUGGAUUAUGGACAAGUACAGGGUUCUGACCCUGAGCUCAUGUAGAAGAUACAGAAAGAAGGUUGUUAAACUGUACCAAAAGAGUAGCCUGGAAGAUGCAAUAGCCAACGUACCACUGCCAAAUCCAAUCAACGUUCUAAAAAUGCUACUAAGAUGCGCAAGGAAAGAAAUGUCUGGAGAAGCAUCGAUAGUAAAGAAGAUAUUUCAAGGUGAAAAGAGCCCAGACGUUCCCGUUGUAUUAAGAGUACAGGAAUACGACCGAACGAAUGCAUAUUUGACAAACGGAUAUGAGCUUUACACGUGUGUCUUGGCAGACAACCAAAUUAGAAACAUGUUCGACUCAAAUAAGAUAUCUGAAGGAUCGAAAAUAUUAAUACAAGGAAUAGUUCACAAGGAAAAAAACGGAGAAAAUUACAUAAUUUUGAGUUACAAUGCAAUAUCUAGAGCGUCAAACAGACACAUAGGCCUUCAGCCUAAGCACACGAAUGUGAACAUAAGGGACUUAUCGGUAACUGGAGGAAGAGUAUCACGAGUGGAAAUCGUAGUACUGAGGAACUUGCCCAUCGUCUACAAGAUAUGCUACAAGUGCCCAGAAACAUCGGAGAGAAGGCACCUGUUGCUAUCGGAAAGGGAGUACAUGAACAUGACCGAUAACAUGGAUUCGGAGCUGCUAGGUAAUAGGCUAAUAGAGCGCGUGUCGACGCAAUUCACAAUGUUCGCAGUGGACGCAGCCUUCAUGAACGGGAGCGUGGUCGGAGACAGGCUCGAGUGGCUUCUGAGAAGGUCGUGUGUCCACAUCGACUUCGUAAACGUGGACGACACCGUAUCCUACUUCCUCAAGCCACUGACGCGACUUGUGCUGACCAACACGGCAAUAACGCACCUGGGAAACGACUUCAUAUACCGCGCAAACUCUGACGCGAAGGCAGUGAAGCUGUCCUGCACUGAGUACACGAAGCUGGAAAUAGUGGAGAACAGCGUUAAGAUACCCGCGGAGGUCCUAGCCGGCAACGAGCUCGCUCGAAUUCUCUUCAACAAGCUGCCCACGCUGUCACUUCCCGAGGACUCGAACGACCUGAACGAGUUCAACAGCGUUAUCUACGAACGCGACGCCACCGUCCCCUUCCUAGGGCAAAUCUGCGACCUGAACGGCGUGAUAAUACACGUGGGCGAGCUGGAAACAUCCCAGAAAUACUGCUUCCUGAGGUUCUUCAUGCUCACCUCAAGGCUGCACCUGGCGUGCGUAAAGGUGAAUUACAAGAACCACAUCUCCCAGAACGACAGGCUCUCGCUGGUCAGCGAGAUCAGAUCAGUGGAAAGGAGACUGAAAUCGCUGGUGGUCAAGUUCGAUUACCAAGGCAAGGGCCCGGAGGACGAGGAAGCAAACAUGUUCCACAGCGUUAACAACGCGCAGUAUACGGGUUACGACGGCGAAAACGGAAUCUACAACUUCCAGACUGGAUGCGAACACGUAAGAAUCCACGUUUAA